UGGUUGAUUUCUUAAAUGGGGGAUAUUGAUGUUCCUCCGUAUUUCAUCUGCCCGAUUACUAUUGAGAUUAUGAAGGAUCCCGUCACGGUUUCAACGGGGAUUACCUACGACAGGGAGAGCAUCGAGAGAUGGCUGUUCUCAGAGAAGAGCACCACAUGUCCGGUCACAAAGCAAGUUAUCUCUGACUGUGAGCUUACCCCAAACCACACCCUCAGGAGAUUGAUUCAAUCUUGGUGCAUGCUAAACGCUUCGCAUGGAAUCGAAAGGAUCCCAACGCCAAAGCCACCCAUCAGCAAAGCUCAGGUCAUCAAGCUUCUCAACGAUGCCGAGUCACCGCAGCAACAGAUCAAGUGUCUCAAGAGCCUACAAUCGAUCGCCUCCGAGAAUGCUACAAACAAAAGGUGCAUUGAGUCUUCAGGCGCUGUUGAGUUCUUGGCUUCCAUUGUCAGUAAUCACGACUAUUCAGCAGCUGAAGGCACAUUACAUUACGAGUUCGAGUCAAUAAGACCAACUGAUGAAGCUUUAAGCAUUCUCUACAACCUCCAACUCUCAGAAGCUUCUCUCCAGAAUCUAUUGUUCAACAAUGAUGAUUUCAUAGUGUCCUUAACGAGAGUAAUGCAACGCGGAAGCUACGAUUCUCGGGCUUAUGCAGUACUGCUGUUGAAGUCGAUGGUGGAGGUAGCGGAUCCGAUGCAACUCGCCAACUUGAGAUCUGAACUAUUCAUCGAAUUAACCAGAGUUCUGCGUGAUCAAAUAUCAAAGCAGGCCACAAAAGCUUCUCUACAAUUGCUGGCUGGUAUUUGUUCAUGGGGAAGAAACAGGAUCAAGGCAGCCGAAGCUGGCGUGGUACCGGUCUUGAUCGAAUUGCUUCUCCAUUCAUCAUCGGGGAGUAGGGCUUGUGAGAUGAUACUAACGGUGCUGGAUGCAGUGUGUGGAUGUGCGGAAGGCCGGUCGGAGCUGCUGCAGCAUGGGGCAGGGGUUGCCAUUGUUUCAAAGAAGAUACUUAGGGUUUCUCGGGUUGCAAGUGAAAGGGCAGUGAGGAUUUUGCUGUCCAUUUCCAAGUUCUGUGGCACCACCAUGGUUCUUCAAGAAAUGCUGCAAUUAGGUGUGGUGGCUAAACUGUGCUUGGUGCUUCAAAUGGAUUGCGGAUUCAAGACCAAGGAGAAGGCCAGAGAGGUGCUCAAAUUGCAUGCUGGAGUCUGGAGCAACUCUCCCUGUGUACCAACCACUCUGCUCUCUUCUUAUCCAGCUUGAUUCUAUAGUUUCGUGUUUUGUCGGUCAUCUAUAUUUGUGUACAUAUAAUUCUUCAUAGAUAAAACUACGUAGCAAUAGCAGUUACAUACAUGGGCAAAGAAACUAGUGCCCUCUCACACCAAAUGUA